AUGUCAUACACGCCAUCUAAUACGCCAAUUAGAGCUGCUCCAAUCUCCAGUGACUAUGAGCUCAUCGAUGGAGACCCAUACUUCACCAAGGUCAUCCGUUAUUUCCGUCCCUCUGAUUACUUAAAUUGGGGUAUAUCCACCGCUGCUAUACCUCUUGGAAUAAAUUUGUGGGAAAGAUUAGAACCAUCAUUGGGUAAGGGCAUGAAACCAUCUCCUAUUGCUGGUACUACAUAUCGUGCUGCAACGGCUAUUGGAUUCGUUGGUGGAUUCUUGUUGGCCUAUGUGAAGACUAGUCAACGUUUUCUUGGAUGGUCAGAGAACUCUCGAGAAGUAGCAAAGGACAGAUAUGAAGUAAAGAAAUUGUUGAGUCAAGGAAAAUCUCCAUACCAUGAAAGCGAAAGUGCCUUGGACGAUAGAUCCAAAGAUGUUGCAAACAGGAACUCACAAUACAGCAGCUCAUUUUUGUUUAUAUUGCCUUGGUUUAACUUGGCUUAUCACCCAUAUCAUCAAGUGAACUUACAAAAGUACUAUGUUAAUAGACCCGGUGAAGAAGAGUGGGGAUUCAAACUAAAACCACUUGAAGAGAUUUAUUCUAGCGAAAAGAAAUCAGCUUAA